AUGCCGUCACGUUCUCACAAGCAACUGGAAUGUUGGGGCAAUGCUUGUCCUACUUGUGGUUAUUGUCGUGAUUGGAAGCAUAGCGGUCGUAAUUGGUAUCGUAAUCCUAACGCAACUUGUAAUGAUUAUCGUUAUUGGCACUAUAAUAUCUAUCGUUAUUUUCCUGCUGUUCAGCGUGAAAUAGGUGCUCGAAUGAUUAAACCUCCUAGUUUUCAUCGUGGUUAUAGUGGCCAUCAUAUUAUCUUUGGUUGUCCUACUCAUAUAGAGCAUCAUCCUUUAUGUGAAUGUAUGAAGUAG